UACCGCUCGUGAUUGUUAGCCGCAAAGGGAACGUGACCCUUAUCUCUAAUGCAUGCAGAUUCUAUAUCUGUCCAGUAACCAGCUAAUACAACACCUCUGUCACAACCAGCUCUGAAUCGCUGUAAACCACAGGCUUGAACGUCGCAACGAAAUGGCGGAUCAGAAGAAAGAUACACAUGCAGGUCAGAGAGUGGUGGUUGUCGCCAUCGACGAAAGUGAAAACUCUGACUGGGCUUAUGAAUGGUACAUGAAGAACAUGUAUCGAGCCAAUGACCGAGUGAUACUUGUUCACUGCCCAGAGUAUCAUGCUGUUAUCCAAUCACCGGUUGUGUUGACGGACAUUACUGUCAUGACCAGUCUAAUGCAUGAGGAGGAGGCUCGUGUUAAAAAUCUUCUCCACAAGUUCGGAGAGAAACUGAAGCACCAUGGCAUUGGUGGGAAAGUGAAGAGUGUAGGCGGCAAACCAGGUGAAGCUAUUGUGGAUGCUGCUAAAGAAGAGAAUGCAGCGUUUAUUGUUGUAGGGUCGCGUGGUAUGGGAGCCGUGAGACGGACAUUGGUGGGCAGCGUGAGCGAUUACAUUCUUCACCAUUCACACAUUCCUGUGGUUGUGUGUCGUCAUAAAGAUCCCCACCACCACUAACGCUCAACCUGGAAGGUAUUUUCCGUGAAGUAGAAUGUUUCUAAAAGGUUCUGUUAGAUUCUUCGUUUGUUGCAAUACCACCAGUUGUGGUCACGAUGAAAUAAAGUUGUGUUGACUUGUCGGAAGUAUCAUAUUAAGCCAAAGGUACAGUAGAAACAAUGGAGACGAAUAAACUGUUUCAAUGUAUUAUUAGAAUAGCGCUUUGAUACCAAGAGCAUUAGAUUUUACAUACAUGUAUCAGGUACACUAUAAAUGGUUCGUGAGAAAUAAAAAAAAAUAUGGAACAUUAACAAGGUUAAAACUACUCAGUAUGGUCCAAAGAUAUCAUUAUUGAGUUUUUCUCAUUCAAAAAUUUAUCCUCAUGUUGUUUGUAUUGAAAUUUCAUGAUAAGGAGCAAAGAUGCAACUAAAGAACAGUAGCAUUUGUCCUGUGGUUUUACCCCCUGGCGAAUUAUAGAGAUUCUGUUCAUAAAUACUCGAGAAGCCCGAAGAUAAACUGCCUCCUUGGACAGUUUGAACUGGUAUGGAACGCAAUUUACUGUUUGGUGAAUCCAGUGGGGGUACAGGCCUCCGCUCAGCAUUAUGGCAGUAUGGUUCAUAGUUUUCAUGCAGCACACUUUUUGAUCUUCUCUGGUGAAUAAAAGUUUUUACCUGUUCGACAGUCCACCAAAACGAGUGUUAGAGGCACACAUGGUAAUUAGGGAAGUUGUAUAACUGGUGUAUUAUUCGGAAGGGAAAUGUUUUGAUGUAUCUUUGUGUAACUCGUUGAAUUUUGAAAGACAGUAUCGAGCACAUUUGUACGUCAAACAGUGAAUACACAUAAUUUUCAGAAAAAAAUUCUCGCUCUU